AUGCCUUCCGCCUACAAAAGCAAAGGCAAAGGCCGCGAUCCGCGCCAAUCUCGCAGCCGCAAUACAACUCCAUCUACGGCAGGUGGCGCUCCUGGGAAGACAGCUCAAUUACCGAGCUACCUUGAAAGCGAUGUAACAAAGCUCAUCGAUGCGGCCAAUGGCCAAUAUGCUGAGAUGCUUGACUUGGUUGCUGGUCCCGAUAUUCCCGAUUCCAAAACCCUGGAAGCUUUGGUGGAGCAUCUUAACAGUCUCAGCGACCUGGCGGAUUCUCGCGGGGAGACCUGUAAUCAAGGCAUGCGUGAAAUGGUACACAAGAGAAAAGAUGUGGUAGAAGACCAGGAGCUAUCCCGUGAGGUUGGGGAUCGGGCGAAGCUCAAGCGCGAGACGGAAGAGGAAGAUGACCUCGUGCACAAAAAGACCAAGAAGCGCAAAGAGCGGGCAAGCAAAGAAGAACGACCUUUAAACCAUGGUGCCCAUGACGUGGCGCGUCAGGACGGAGCAGAAACCAAAGUUGAAGGAGCUGCUUCCCCAGUAUCGAAAAAUUCCAAACACGCAGCCUCGGAAGGAAGCUCUUCCCUUUCUCCACCCUCAAUGCUGUCCCCCAACGGUGCUACGACUGGCGCCGACGGGGAUGAAGCUCCUGGCAGUCCCGGCUCAGAAUCCAGCGACAGCUCUCACCAACCCGAACCACAACCCUCCAUACCCCAGAUCCAAGUAUUCGGCGAAAACCCAGUCAAGUUCGACGACCCGACCGUCUACCACAUUCGCGAUGUUUUCCCCGAGACAACAGACGAGGAGAAGAAGCAAAUCUACAGUGUUGCGGUAUUCCCCAAGAGCGAUCUUGCCCACAUGAUGGCAGGUAUUGCCCCGGACAAAGACUUCAGCAACGCCAAGCCUUCCAACCAAGUUAGCGCCAACACCUUCCUGGCGUACAUUGAGCCGUAUGUCCGGCCUCUGACGGAAGAAGAUAUUGCGUGGCUGAGAGAAAGGGGCGAUCGAGUAACACCAUUCAUGAACCCACGCCGGUCAAAGAAGUCAUACCGUCAAAUAUGGUCGGAAGAGGACGGCGUUUCCUACGACCAGGACCAGGACGACAAGGAUCAACUCCCCUUGAACCAAGGGCGCGGCAGCAUAGACACCCUGACAGACGAAAAGGCCGAGACCAAUGAAGUUUCAAUUGGACCCCUCAUCAGUCGACUCUGUUCUUUGCUACGCUAUGAACACCGCACGCUCCCCGAGGACAAAGAUAAUGCUGGAUCGACCAACGGAGACCUACCUACAACAAGUGGAUUGGGCGGAGACUCAAUGGACCUGGACCAGCCCAACGGCGAGCUAGAUUCAAAGCCAGGGGAAAAGCCUCUCCCUCCCGCAACAGCCUUCCGCGAUGCCUCUCCAACGGGAUUCAAGACCUCCGUCGCCAAACUCGACCACGCCCAACUUGACGAACGCGCCAAGGCAGAACUCCGCUACAUCGGCUUCUUAGGACCGGACGAUAACCCCGAUUACGACGCACACUUCGACGACGAGGUUUCCGAACGCCUCCGUCUCCUUCAGAGCGAGCUGAAGAAGCAAAUAGUCGUCAACAACGCGCGCAAAGCUCGCAUGAUGAAAAUUGCUCAGGAACACAUGGCCUUGCUGGAAUUUACCACCAUCCAAGACGACUUGGACUCACAGGUUCAACAGGCGUAUCUGAAGCGCACCCGAACCAUGGGCAAGAGCAAGAAGGGCUCCCAGGCUAAACAUCGUCCUGGCGGUGCCGGUGGCGGUAGUCAUGUUGCCGGUGCGGGCGUUUCACGCCCUGCUGUCGGCGAUGCGGCUAAAAUUGUCAUGGAUCGCCGUAAGCGAUGGAAUGAUGCUUUCUUGCCUAUCUUCGAAGAUAUCAAGACUACUAUCCCCUCGGAAGGAGAGACGAUCUUUGAUCAGGCGACAAUGGCUGAAUACGAGAAGGCGGAACUGGAGGCGUGGGAUGAGGAGUAG